CACAGAGCGGCGGGUUCCAGCUCGGCAGGUCUUUUCUGUUUGUUGAAAUGUCUAUGGUUUUAUCUGCUUCAGUGGUUCGAGUACGAGAUGGAUUACCACUUUCUGCUUCUACUGAUUAUGAACAAAGCAUGGGAGUGCAGGAAUGCAGAAAGUAUUUUAAAUCACUCUCAAAGAAACUUGGUCAGCUUCCUGAUAGAUGUACACUGAAAACUGGACAAUAUAAUAUUAAUUUUAUUAGCUCCCUGGGAGUGAGUUACAUGAUGCUGUGUACCGAAAAUUACCCAAAUGUCUUGGCUUUCUCUUUCCUGGAUGAGCUUCAGAGGGAAUUCAUCAGUACUUACAACAUGAUGAAGACAAAUACUGCUGUCAGACCAUACUGUUUCAUUGAAUUUGAUAACUUCAUUCAAAGGACCAAGCAACGAUAUAACAAUCCCAGGUCUCUUUCAACAAAGAUAAAUCUUUCUGACAUGCAGACUGAAAUCAAGCUGAGACCGCCUUAUCAAGUUUCUAUGUGUGAACUGGGAUCUGCCAAUGGAUUCACAUCUUCAUUUUCUGUAGAAUGUAAAAGUGCUAGUAAGAUUUCUUCUGCUCACCAGCGACUGGAGCCAGUAACUCUGUCAGGAAUUGUGGCAUUUAUUCUUAGUCUCUUAUGUGGGGCUCUGAAUUUAAUUCGAGGUUUUCAUGCCAUAGAAAGUCUCCUACAGAAUGAUGGUGAGGAUUUCAGUUACGUCAUUGCAUUUUUCCUUGGAACAGCAGCUUGUUUAUACCAGUGUUAUUUGCUCAUCUACUGCACUGGCUGGAGGAACGUAAAAUCUUUCUUGACUUUUGGCUUAAUUUGUCUAUGCAACAUGUAUCUAUAUGAACUCCGCAACCUCUGGCAGCUUUUCUUUCAUGUGACGGUGGGAGUAUUUGUGACACUACAGAUCUGGCUAAGGCAACCCCAGGGCAAGUCUCCUGAUUAUAAUGUCUAAAAACAUGUCCAACAACAUUUGCCUGCAACAGCUGCCUAGAAGGGUAAAGAGAGCCUCCUGCCUGUCAGUGGGGAAGAUUUCCGCCAGACAUGAGAAGCUUUAUUUCCCCUCCUUUCUCCACCUUCUUUUUGUUGUUUUAAAACAACAGACCCCCGUGUACACCUGCCAUGGAAGUCUUCCAAAAGUCUUCAAAAACAUUACUGGCUGAGGGAUCAUCGUCGCACACCGAGAAGACAGGCCUAUUUUUUGCUCUGCUAAACUUGUGGAAGGACAAAGUAAAUGUGGAAGAUAACUAGUAGCAAGCAACACAUUGGCCUUUCUCAGUGAGAAGAACAUGAAUCUAGUACUAGUUCUCCAAACCAAGAAUGAACUGGUACCAAUGCUGGUCUUUGCCUUUGUGAGGCAGUAGUGUAGAUUAAAUAAAAAGAUGCUUAUGGCAUACUGGCAGACUUCUAUUUGAAAUG